AUUAUGGGAAAAGAAGAGCUCGUGGGCUCGUGCGGAGGACUUGGUGUUUAUAGACUAUCAAAAACUCCUCCAGUCACUGCAUCUAUUACCGCGCCUGGUUGUUUGAUAACCUCAUUCUAGGGGUGUAUGGACGAGGUCGUGUGAUUUAAAGUUAUCAGGAAUCACAUCUUUUGAAAAAUAAUAUGAAGUUUACUGCUUGAAUUGUAGGUUUUUAGUGUUAAAAUAGCUGACUGCUUAUGAGCGUUUUGGACGUUAUUUCAGCUCUGUAAACUAACCAGUCAAUUCAUUUUGUUAGUAUUAACUCAUCGUAACAGCACCAGGAUACUUUUUGGAUUCCCUUUUAAGUACUCGGCAACACUUGUGGCAAACGCCUUCAAAUUAAAAAAUUUACUAGCUAGCCGGGAAAACAAUUAAAUUAAGUUUCGUCUUUCAGCAUGGUGGAGGUAUUUGCAGGGCGAACGCUGUUAAAUAAAGAGGGUGAAUUCACUGACCCAGAAGAAGCAUUGAGAAACAAGGUAGUGGGUCUGUAUUUUUCGGCUGGCUGGUGUCCACCCUGUCGGGAUUUCACACCUGUUUUGUGUGAUUUCUACACGGAUUUGGUGGAGGAGAACGACCCCCCGGCUCAGUUCGAAAUAGUCUUCAUUUCUUCCGAUAAGUCUGCAGAAGACAUGGUGGAGUACUAUCAUGACUAUCACGGGGACUGGCUUGCCCUACCGUGGAACGAUGAGUAUAAGAAUGACUUGAAAAAAAGGUACAAUAUUACUGCCGUCCCAAAGCUUGUCAUAGUGAAGGAAAAUGGGGAGGUUAUCACGGACAAAGGAAGGAAACAGAUACGGGACAAAGGGCUGGCGUGCUUCAAAAGCUGGCUGGAGGUGGCCGAGAUUUUUCAGAACUUUAAAGACUAGGAAAGGUGUUGAACACAUUUUCUCAUGGUAUGUAUAUUCUGUGCAUAAUUAAUAAUCUUUAAACUUUGACAUCCUAUGUAGAGAUUUACCUAUUUUUAAAUUGCUAUAUAUUAUUUUUUUUCCAUGAAAUAGAUGCCUACUUUUUUGUGACAUAAAAGACAUUUACUGCUACUUCAAUUUUUAAAGGACUCAUUCACACUGUAAUGAAAAGACAUGAGUAACGUGAAUGAUGAUAACUGUAAGGGCCCUACUUCAUACUCUUGGCUUUGUAAAUAAUGCAUUCUUGUUGAGUUAUACAAAUAAAUUUGUGUGGCCUAAAUACGUGUCUUACAUUUUCUCUUGGUACACUUUUUAACAUGUAAUUUUAUUAUUCUUUUAUAAUUCUUAUGUCUUUUAUAAUUUAGUCUGACUUGGAAAUACUUUAAAAAUUGCUUAUCUGGCUUGCAGAAUGUAAAGUAUCAUUUUAGUUGAUUUACUCUUUUUUUUCAAAUAUGUUAUUGUUAUUGCAAUGAUCUACUUUUCUUUUUGCGUUGUUCUGGUGUUUUAUAUUUAAUUUCAUGCUGAUUCUGCUCAGUGGUUCAUGGUUCACAGGCACAUGCUUGUUUUUGUCCUGAAGUCAUCCCCAUGGCUUUGUGUUGUUUGAUUCUAAGGCCCAUUGUUAAGGGGAAUGAUGCACAGAGACUGGGGUAAUAAGCUGGUUGUUUUCAACGGAUGGAGUCAAUUAAAUUCUCAGGUGGUCAAUUAUGUACCAAUGAAGCCAUAAUAUAAGCUCAGUCCCUUUAAUUUUGUUAAACAGACAUGGAAGGGAAGCCGUGUAAAAUGUAAAUAAAAACAGAAUGCAAUGA